AUGGCAACGUGGUGCUGGCUUCUCCUCUCAAUCCUAACUGUCGCAGCCGCAGAUGUCGACUACUCUCAGUAUGUCAAUCCAUUCAUCGGUGGUGAAGGCCCAAUACCUGGACUGGCAUAUGGCGGCGGCGACAUCUUCGUAGGAGGAGCAGUGCCAUUCGGUGUUGCCAAAGUCGGCAUCGAUACAUACGAGACGAAUAUUUCUUUCUCCACCAACAAUGGCGGCUGGACACCCCAAGGUCUGGUCACUGGUGUCUCGAUGAUGCACGAAUCUGGCACUGGCGGAGCACCAAAAUAUGGAAUCAUCAGCCAAAUGCCGCUUACUACCAUUGACGCUCCUGUCAAUAUUCUCGACAAUUCUACUUACUGGCAGAAGCGGAAUGAAGUCACCAUUGAGUUGAGUGGCGCAAGGCAUAGUGGCAUAAUGCAGUACGAGUUCCCAGCCGGUGCUCAAUAUGUCCUGGUUGACGUGACGCACUACCUCCCAGCAGAGGAGGGCGAGCCUUUCCAGCAGUACUACGAUGGCGGUGUCAUUGAGCUGCACGAUGAUGGCAAAACAUACACAGGAUGGGGGUCUUACGGUGGUGGAUUCAGUACCAGCGCACCCAUGACCACCUACUUCUGUGGCGAGUUCGAAAAAACACCUUCGGAGGCACAUACAUUUCGAGCACGAAACACGCUGGACUCCCCAAUAGCAAAGCAUGUUUUGUCAAAUGAGCCAAUUCCACAUCCAACCUAUCGAAACCGGGCUCGUGAAGAAUCCGGACCUCUCACAGAUCGCGUGGGUGCUAUCUUCUCAUGGGCAGACGCUUCAUAUUCCAACUCAACCACCACCGUUAAGUCCAGGAUUGGCAUCUCCAUGAUAUCAAUCGAGAAAGCGUGCAAGUUCAAGGACGAAGAAAUCAAAUCCUGGAAUCUCAAUGACACCGUCGAUGCUGCCGUAAGGGAGUGGAACGAAGACGUGUUCAGCAAGAUUCAGGUCGACACAGGGAGCUCGCAGAACGUGACCAACUUGAGACUUCUAUACUCAAGCCUGUACUUCAUGCAUCUGAUGCCAUCGGACCGAUCUGGUGAGAAUCCGCUCUGGGAUGCCGAAGAUUCAUGGGACGAUUUCUACACUUACUGGGACAUCUUCCGAUGCACAGUAUCACUCUAUCACCUGCUACAGCCAUCGUACUACGCAAGUAUGCUCAGAGCCACGAUCGACAUCUGGAAAUACGAGGGCUUCAUGCCAGACGGCCGCAGCGGCAACUUCAACGGACUCGUCCAAGGCGGGAGCAACGCAGACAACGCCUUAGCCGACGCAUUCGUCAAAAAGCUCCCAGGCGUUAAUUGGACCGAAGCCUACAUGGCCAUGAAAAAGAACGCCGAAGUCGUCCCCUUCAACGGCUUCCACCCCUACGACUCAAGCAAUGGCAUCCAACAAGGCCGCGGUGCCCUCUACGACUGGAUCUCCCUCGGCUAUGUCUCAGCAUCCAGUACCCGCGCCAUAUCCCGCACCAUCGAAUACUCCCUCAACGACUUCUCCCUCUCCCAACUAGCCCACACCAUCGCCCCCGACGAUGCCCAAAAGUACUUAAACCGCUCCGCAAACUGGCAAAACAUCUGGUCCUCAAACCUCACCCACGCAAAUUUCACCGGCUUCCUCGCCCCUCGCCUCCCAAACGGAACCUUCAAUCUAACAGACUACAACCCCGCCCUCUGCGGCGGCUGUUCCUGGACGGCCAUCACCUACGAAGGCACGCCCUUCGAAUACGCCUUCACCGUCCCGCACGACAUGAAAAGCCUCAUAACGCACAUGGGCGGCCCCAAAGAAUUCGAGCGCCGUCUAGACUACAUCUUCAUCCCCGGGACCUCCGAACAAAACCUCGAAGACAACGGCGCAGGCAUCACCACCAUCAUGAACAUCGGCAACGAACCCGACUUCGCCACGCCGUUUGAAUACCACUACAUCGGAAAAAGUUGGAAAUCCGUCAACCAGAGCCGUGUCCUCGCGAACCAGUAUUUCAAAGACGCGACGUACGGUGUUCCGGGGAAUUCGGAUGCGGGAGCGCUGAAUAGCUGGCUGUUGUGGCAAAUGCUAGGCCUUUACCCCGUCGUCACGCAACCGGUGUAUCUUUUGACGUCGCCUUGGUUUGCCGAUGUCAAUGUGACGAUCAACGGGAAUAGGACUUUGAGGGUUUUGGCGCCGGGGUUGGAGAAUGACGGCAAGUUUUUUGUGCAAGGGGUGAAAGUCAAUGGGAAGGAGUGGAGGAAGAAUUGGGUUGGGCAUGAGGAUGUUAUGGUUGAGGGAGGGACGAUUGAAUUCGAAGUUGGUGCGGAUCCGAAGGUUUGGGAGGAGACGGGGGAGGAAAGUGUUCCGCCCAGUCCGGGACAUUUUGUGAAGAAGGGGAUAGAGUUGGGGACGUAUAAUGAUACGGAUGUUGUUAGGUUUAGGAAGUAUUAUGGAUGA